AUGAUUGUUUUUAUCCUAUUCUGUGCAGCUCUGGUCGCCGCGGAUCUCCCCGUUCCCAACCUAGGACCGGAGCUCAGCGAAGACAUCGGCUUUAAAGAAACUCGAUUUUACGAGUGCAAUGCAUUUAUCCAGACCUGCGCUCCGACUAUUUCUUCCUGCGCCUCCGUGAUUUGCAAAGAAUGCACCGGCCUUGGACAAAAAGCUCUCAAUGCCUGCUGCGCGACAGAGAGCGAGCCGGCGUCCUGUCUUGGGUCUGCCCUGCGUGCACCUAACCAAGCUGAUGCCUCCGUAACUACAUCAGAGUCGGUUGCCACGGCGUCAUCGAAAGGCAUCAGUAGUGCGACCCAGACCCAGGCAUCUAUGUCGACCGAGACGUCUUCCGGGCAAGCAGCGGAGUCGUCUAAGAACGUGGGGCAGAUACUUUCACAGAAAGACGAGCAAGCUCAUUGCAUGUUAGUUCACGACCCCGGUUAA